AUGAAGUUAUUACAUAUCUUCAGCGGACUAGUAUUAGUACAAAGGGCCAUUGGACAGUUUUUCCCAUUGGACAGAAAUGGGGAAAUUCCUUUAGAAAUUAAACCAUAUGAACAAGGUCAAGAGGUAUUUAUAGAUUGUAUUUCAAGAAAUAUUGAAAACGGUGAACAUAUUUUCGAUGAUAAAGAUAAAAUCAUAUACGUACCAUUUCCAAACUGUAAGGAAACCGGUAAACCAUUUUCCCUUAAAUACGGAGUCAACGAGGACGUGAACUGUACGAUUGGGUUUACUGAUGAAUUAUACCACUUAUUCCAAUUAUACAUACACGAAGAUGCACCAUUUAGUUGUCGUAUCCCAUUGAGUAGCGAGCCAUAUUAUCUUGAAAAGGGAGGAGCAUAUGUUCCUUUGACAUUUAACUUCAGGGGUGAAAUUCAUGAUUCGCAUUUGGACGUCGAUAGUUCUAUGAACCUUAUGGUAACUAAACCAUCGAACAACAUUCCUCAACAAAACACUGUAAUAAGUGCCAUUGCUUGGUCAUCAAGCACAAAUACUACAAGAGUGGUGAUCGGGAACUACUUAACACUUAAUUUUGCGGUCAGAUGGUUGGAUGGGUUGAAGAACUACGGAUCGCAAGCUGAAUCUUUUUCUAAUAAUGGUUUACCAUUUUCAGAUGGUUUCUACAGAUUCCCACUUAAAUUUAUUGCCAUGUCCUACUCAUUAUUUUUGACUUACAUGGGUCUUGCGUGCACCCUUACAAGUGCAAUUGUAUUAGCAUUCAGUUAUCGCUUGUUGACCACUAAAAUUUCUAAAAAUAUGUAUAAGAGUUUGGAUACAGAAGCUGGCUUUGCUAAACAAGAUUGA